UCCACGAAUCCUGGCUCAGAGCCCCCCCCUCACUCGACCCCAAUCCCCUGCCCACUGCCCCCAAAGCUGGGAUAGAACCCAGGAGUCCUGGUUCACAGGCCCCCUGUUGUGCGUUUCCCAGGCCGAUCCCACCCCCCCUCCUCGAAGUCAGCUCCAGAGGGGAUGGUGGAGCGACUCCAGGAGGACGUCACCUGCUCCAUCUGCCUGGACGUCUUGGAGGACCCCGUCUCCAUUGAGUGUGGCCACAACUUCUGCCGGGGCUGCCUCGCGGCUCACUGGAGUGGGGUCUCGGCUUGGGGGUACCAGUGCCCCGAGUGCCGGGCUCCCUGCUCCAGGAACCAGAUGACCCCAGACACACGUCUGAAAAGCCUGGUGGAGAAAAUCAGAGACCUGCCACGUGAAGGGACGUUGACAGGAACAGGGACAGCGAGCCCUGAGCCGGGUCCGGGGGCUCUGCCAGAGGCGGGGCGCCCGGUGCAAUUGGUGUGUGUGGAUGAGAAAGGGGGCCUGACCCUGGACGAGGAUGUCCUGAGCCGCUGUCUGGAGCAGGGUGGGGUGGGGGAUGCCCCCGUGUGCCUGGUGUCCAUCAUUGGGGAGCAGCGCCGGGGCAAAUCCUUCCUGCUGAACUACCUGCUGCGUCGUCUCCAGAGCCUGGAUGUGAAGGAUGGAUCCUGGAUGGGCCGGGAGGAGGAGCCCCUGGAGGGGUUCAAGUGGCGAGUUGGUGCCCGCAGAGUCACCGACGGGGUGUGGGUGUGGAGUCAGCCCUUCUGGGUCCCCUCCAAGGGGGGCCAGGUUGCCGUGCUGCUGGUCGACACCGAGGGCUCCAAGGACAUCGCCAGAGACAUGGAGACCAGCGUGAAACUCUCCGCCCUCUCCAUGCUGCUUGGCUCCUACCAGAUCCUGAAUGUUUCCAGCCAGCUAAAGGACCCCGAUCUAGAAUAUCUGGAGAUGUUUCUGCACGUGGCCGAGGAGGUGGGAAAGGAAUACGGGCUGGAGUCCAUUCAGCAGCUAGACCUGCUGGUGCGGGAUUGGAGCAGCUCCUUGGUCCUUGGAACGGACGGUGGGAAGGAGCAUCUGAGAGACGUCCGACAGAUGCUGGCGGCGUCUUGCAAACACCCGAAGGCCUUGGAAGCGCUGACCAGAAGCAAAACCCGCUGUUACCUGAUGCCCUUCCCUGGCAAGUGGAUCAUGACUGGAAGCCAGGGAUGCCUGAGAGACAUGGAUGAGGAUUUCCGGGACAGCCUGAGGGACUACGUCACCGGCCUGGUGGCCUCAGCCGGUCAACACAUCUGGAGGAACCGGCACGGGGCGCUGGUGACCGGGUCACAGCUCGCUGCCAAGAUAAAGAAAUUCUCUGAUCUGAUGAAGAAACGUUGCUUCGGCUUCUCCUCUCCCGCUCAGAUGGCCAUCACCUUCCACAACCAGAGAGUCCUGGACAGGGCCAGUGCAGACCACGCUGUGUUUCUGAAGGAGAAGGACGGCGACUCCCGGACCCUGAUCUCCUGCCUGAAGGUGCGGCCGGGCAAGAUGGCGGAGCUGUUCGCGGAGCGGCGCGGGCAGUUGCUCUGGCGGUGCCAGACGGACAUGCGGGAGCCGGCGCCGGAGAAAGCGGCCCAGCUGACAGAGCUGGAGGAGGAGUUGACAGGGGAGGCCGAGACCUUCCUGCAGAGCUACGGGAAGCGCUUCAAGAAAUUCGUCAUCGCGGCGGGCGUGGGCGCGGGGGCGCUGGUGCUGGCCCCGGUGGGCGGCGCUGCCGGCAUCGGGAUCGCUGCCGCUGCUCUCGGCAUGGCUGAGGCAGCAGCCCUUGGUGCUGGCGUGGGUGCCGUGGCCGGGGUUGUCGUGGGCGGGGGCGUGGGCGGGGGAGUUGGUGGGAACAUCGCCCAGAAGGAUAGGCAGAGGGCCAAGGCUGCUGUCGGCAGGAGGGAGGAGGAGGACGGCACUGAGGAUCUGUCUGAGGACACACCCCUGAUCUGAUCAGUGCCCCCCACCCCAAUCUAGGGCUGAGGAAUGGGGUGACGGGUCUGCCGCGUGGCACAGACAUGUUUCCCACAAGCCUCCCCAGAGUGGGGAGCCUUCGCCCCCAGAUUCUAAGAAGGGACCUUUAGAUCCUCUUGUCUGACCUGCUGUGCCACCCAGCUGGAGAAUGCCGCCCACUUCCCCCUGCGUUGGGUCGGAUAUCUCCCGUUGGACUAAAUCAUCUCCCGGAAAGGCGGCCAGUCUGGCUCGGAAGCCAGAAGAGAUGGAGAAAUCACGGGUUUCUCGAGGAGCUGGUCCCGCGGGUGAAUGACCUGCGCUGUGAGAAAUCCAGUGCCUCAUUUCCAAUGGGAGUUUGUCUGGCUUUAACUUCCAGCCCUCGGUUCUUGCUCUGCCUUCCUUCGAUGUUGCAGGGCCACUCCGCUGCAACACGAAGUGCUUGGAAAUGCCCCGUCGAUGGUCAUGUCCCGAGAUCACCCGCUGGGGGUGACCAUGGGCGCCUGGCUUAUUUCUUACAACGGCAGUCCGGUGAUGCCGUCCUGGGGGAUUGAUCUUCAGCCGCCCCUCUGAGCGGGAAAGUGGGUCCAGGGGAGAGGGCACAGGAAGACGUGGGUUUCCUGCUCUACCAUGGACUUCUUCUGUGACCUUGGCCAAGUCACUUCGUUACUCUGUGCCUCAGUUUCCCAUCUGUAUAAUAAAGAUAAUAAUGCAUUGAAAGAUCGUGAGGGGUUUGAGCUCUACUGAGAGAAAGCGCUCUGCAAGAAACAGGCAUCAUAAUUUAUUCCAAGGGAGGGCUAUAAAACCUUCCGAAGCUAAAGGAAAUCGACACCGGUGAACUUCACCAUUAUUGUAGAGAACUCUACUGGGCCUUCAAGUCAACCAUGGUCUUCCUCCUGGAUCUCUCAGCUCUUUUAGACAUGGUGGGCCCAGGGCAUGAAGUGCCUUGAAGAUCAGGCUGAGACCAUGAACUUGAUUCAAUAUUGUAGCUCAGACAUGGCCAGGUGGGCAUAGGGCCCCUAUGUCCCACCAUCUUCUUAAUAUUUCACCUAAGGGGGUCGUGUGCGGAUUCUGCCGAAUGGUGGGAACCAGUCGCUUGUCACGGCUAUUGCCAGAUGGUUGUAUGAGUAACGGUUUUAGAGCCAGGUCCCCGGUAGGAUAUUGAGUUCUGAAUCUUCUGGGAGUCAAACGUGAGGCUGGGAGCCGACCUGGUCAACGUGAGAACAAUGCACAUCCAUGGAGGCAGCCUCUGCUUGCUGGCUUGACAAGAUGCAGGCUGGCCAUCUACAGAGACAAACCAACCCCAAGGGAAUGCUGAGGAGAGGGGGAACCCUGGGCUCAGAGACAGGAGCUUGUGACUGGAGAAGAGCAGAAGAAAUGGCCCAUUACAGAGGAGUGACUUUGCCAGCAGGGGGAACAGGGGAUCCCAGCUCUCUGGACUGGACAAGUGCUGUGAGAACCAACCAGCGGGAGAGUUUGACUGUAAACCUGUGAGGGAUGGGGGGGCUGUCAUGAAUAGGGGGAAGGGUAGCAAACUUUAUGUAUCCUUGGCAACUGUACUGGAUUGCCUUACCUGUAAGGGGUUAAGUAGUUCAACUAACCUAGUUGGCACCUGACCAGAAGGACCAAUAAGAAAAGAAAAUACUUUCAAAUCUGGGGGAGGAUUUGUUUGUUGUUGUUGUUCCCUCUCUGGACACAGGGAGAAGCCAAGCCAAACAGGUACAACAUCUCCUGAAAAUAUACCUGGAAUAAUCCAUCUAAAUCCACAGAAAUUGUAAGUAGGGCAAGGAAAUGCGUUAGGUUAUCUUUUGUUUUAGCUUGUGAAUUUUCCUAUGCUACAGAGCUACUUUUAUUCCUGGUUUUUUUAUAACUGUGAAGCUGAGCCCAGCGGGGAGUCCUCUGUCUUUUAAAUCUUUUUAUUACCCUGUAAAGUUACCUUUCAUUCUGA